AUGAUGACAAGUGCACCACCACCAAUUUUAAAGUCUGUGGGCGACAAACCAAGAUAUGCGCAAGAUGAAAUUCUCCAGUAUGUGCAGCUUUCUCCGGAUGAGGAUUAUUGUAUUCCAUCAACAGCAAGGUGCUUUCCAGAGCAGUAUAUGCGAUGUCAGCUUUCAUUUGAAGACCCACAAAUGGACAAGCUGUACCGGGAAACGAAUGAAGCAAUGUUCGAAGUAUAUGAUUACCUGACCUUGAAGUUAGAAGCAAUGUUCAAUGGAAAAUCGCAUUCGUUUCCACAGUUAUUCACAAAAGAAUGGGAGAGCCAUUAUUCCUCCUUUUGUCCAGAAAAUGAUUUGAGGGAGCGACGGAGGAAUGGUGUUGAUGUCACUGAAGUUGAAGAAGACCAGUUUCAAGUGAAGACACCGGAUGAUCGAGGGAACAACAAAAAGGAUAAGAAAGGGGAAGGUGAAGAAAAACGAGCACGGAAGCGGAUUCAGCGCAUCGAUAAAAUUGAGAAACCAAAAAAAAUGAAGUGUGGUCGAGAAUGA